GAGUAAAAAUCAAACAAAUCACAGAGUAGAAAUACUUGAGUAGAGCAGGAAGUACCUCAAAUUUGUACUUUAGUGCAGUACUAGUAUAGUAUAAGUAAGUAUAAGUAUAAAUGUACUGUUACUUUCCACCACUACAGCAAAUGUGAAAAUAUGUAACUCCACUAAAUUAACUUUUCCUACAACUGGAAACAACUUUUCAGUUUCAAGAGAAGCUGUUGAAAUGUCAUUUUUUUAUAACGGUUCACAGUUAAAUGUGAUUUUAACUCCAGCUUCCAACUCUCAGCCUGACGCACUGUAACUUUCCAGGAAGUCAGUGAAAACUACAUUGAGUGAGAGAGUGGCUCCCUCUGCCGGUGAAGAGCGGGGAUGUGGAGUUGGGCAGGUGCGUAAAAGCAGACAAACUUCAGACUGUGGCUCCACGUUCAGCUCAUAGUGAAACUAAAGUGUCCAAAAGUUUGAUGUGACGAUUAACUUCCUUAGUAAAAGUCUGAAUUUGCACAAACUACAAAAGUCAGUUGAGCUCAUAAACAAAUAAAAUGACCCUGAUUUGAUUAACAGGUCGUUUUAUAGGUUAAUACCCAUGUUUUAUUUUUUAUUGCCUAAUUCAAAAUGUUUCAUGUCCAAAGAAAAUAACCGGACUUUGGAGCAUUUGGUCUAAGGUCUAAGGUGGACCAGUCAAGACGUGCCACCUAAAAUAAGCCUCCUGUUGUGUGACCAGAGCACCGGGAUAAACAGACAGAGGUGGAAGUGCCCUUCCGCUGCAGCACACCCGCACAUCUGCUUUGGGGGCGAGCUUCUUUUUUUGUUUUUUUUAAACGCAAAGGAUGUGAGCAGGAGUGGCACUCGGGGGGCUUUAAAUAGGAACUGUCUCCAAACUCUGGGACAACACAGCAUCUGAAAAACUCCCAGCAGCAGCAGCAGCAGUAGCAGAAGCAGUGGUAACCGCCGGUUUUGCUCCAGGAUGGACGUCAACAGGAGACUGGGGAUGAGGGACACUCUGCUGGCGCUCCUACUCGCCGUCUUCCAGGGAUUUCCUCUCGGGGACGCAGCCCCGAACCCGUCCCCGCUGGUUGGAUCCAACUGGGGGAACCCGAGGAGAUACAUCCACCUGCAGACAUCCACGGAUCUCAACAAUUUCUACUUGGAGAUCAGAUUGGAUGGCACAGUGCGCAAAACUACCCUCAGGAGCUCGUACAGUGUGCUUUUACUGAAAGCUGAAACGAGGGAGCGCAUCGCCAUCCUCGGCGUCAAAAGCAGCCGGUACCUGUGCAUGGAUUUGGAUGGAAACCCGUUCAGCUCUCCCACCUGCCUGAAGGACGAUUGUCUCUUCAACCACAAGCUUCUGGAGAACAACCGGGACGUGUACUACUCCAGCCGGACAGGCAUCCUCUUCAACCUGGAGGGCUCCCGGCAGAUGUACGCUGCGGGUCAGAACCUGCCCCAGACCUCCCUCUUCCUGCCCAAGAAGAACACGGUGUCGCUGGAGCGCCUCCUGCUGCAUCGGGAGAAGAGGAACCAGCUGGUGGAUCCCUCCGACCCGCACAACGUCUACAUGGGUCAGAGCGAGGUGGGCUCCGACUCCCGGGCCGUGCCGGAGGACGACGCCGACCUGGAGGUGGAGGUAGAGGUGGAGGUGGAGGUGGAGGCCGGGGACGACGGGCGCAACGUGUCCCGGGAGACGCCGCUUGAUCCUUCCACCCACGACCCUUGGAACGUGCACUCGUCCAACCCCGCGAGUCCCCGGAGCACCGGCACCAUGGGGUGACUUCACGUGUGACCCAGCUUAGUUUCAGUGCGGGCGCCCAAUUUACCAUAAUGUAGGUGUAGGCUUGUAGUUCAUGAACAUAUGAUACAAACAAUAUACAAACACAGACUUAACUUAAAGGAAAACAGAGGAAAGAAAAGCAUUUCCUUCUUUUUCAGACUCUUAAUCAAAAAAACAUUGUCUACCAUCAAUCAUUCAGAGAAGCAGUGUCAUUCACUGAGAGUAGAAAUUAUUACACUUGACUUGCAGCCCCUUUUGCACAAUUCACAUUGUCUCUCAAAUCCAUUUUCUAUAUCACUUCUUCAACAUCUGCUCUGAGAUCACAGGUUCAAUUUAUAAAGAGAAAUGUCUUUGACGUGGACUUCACUCAUCACUGACCAAUAUUCUGUACAUUCCCAAGUAGGUUUUGGAGAUAAAUGGAGGAUAUGAAAGCAGGUUUAGUUAGAGGAGAUAUCGGAUGAUGUUUCCCUCAGAAAAAGUGACCAACAAAUGACUGGAAAAAAAGGAAAUCGUAGCUGUGCCAAGACAAAUGAGCCAAAUCAAUUCCCACCCGUUAUAAUAAGUUGUCACUCUCUUGCAUAGUUUCAGCAAUCUUUGGAAAUGCAGGACAAACCCCCCCCCCUAAAUAUUAGUAAUCCCAACACUUUGUUUAGUGUAUUUGUGUGUGGUCUCUUCUCAUCAUGGUUUUUUGCAGCUGGUCUGAGAAACCCACAUUUCAAAGUGACAUUAACCCUCCGACAGACAGAAGCCUGACUUCAGCCUGACCUCUGGGGGACGGAAGGCCCUGUCUACUGAUGUGAAACAAGGCAGGCGUGAUUUUACAUAACAGCAUGUGUUGACUUCAAAAUGUGCAUUAGUAGAGUUAGGAUGAGGUUUCGCUCGUAUUUCAAAGUCCUACAUUUGCUAAGUUUAUUGUAAGAUGUUAAACCUUAAAAAAAACAAAGAAAUUCUAUAUCACUGCAAUCACUUACAUUAUCUGUUUCUGCAAUUGUGUUUUUUUAUUUUGCCACCAAUAAUACAACCUAUAAUUCUUGACUUGAAGUAAUAUGACAACAGGGUAAACAACCUUUACGGAGCAGUGAUCUUGAAAUCAAAUCUGAACUCUAUGAUUUUACGGGUGCCGGGCACCACCAGCAACUUGAGCCCCAGUCCCAACGAGUAUUUAUUUAUUUAAAACCAUUCCUUUAGUGUUAUUUAUGGUAUUUAUAUGGAUGCGUUUCCUUUACAAUGUACAUAUACUGUAAGAAAACAUGGUCUGUCUUUGAAUGUAUGAGCAGGAGUUGUGGAUGGAGCGUUGCUUGAAUUUGGGACAAAAUAAACUCAUAAAGGAAAAGUUGUGUGUCAGAUUUGUGUCUUUUUUGAACGUGUGGAUCUUUAAACGGUUGGUGCUUUGUGUGCUGCGUCAUUUCCCAGGGACAACAUGUACUAUGCAAACGGAAGUCAUGAAUAUGGGAGCAGGUUUAACAAUCGACCCAGUUUCUGUGGAGUUCCGCUCUUGAGCCAAGGAUCCUGCACUUUUCACACCUCACUUAGCUUCAUUAGCAAACGGGCACAUGAGCUGCGGCGUGAUUUCAGCUUUGACCAACAGUUCAAUCGGUCGUUGUCGUCCAUUAACCUUCGAGGGAAUAGCUCGACAUUUCCGCUGCUGUGGUGACGAAUCCAGAACUUAUACAGCUCCCGGCCAAGUAAUAGUCUCGUCACAGAUAACAGCAUAAAACAGCUGAGACACGACUUCAGUUUUUACAAAAUAAACAACAUAUAAUUACCCUCAUGUAAAUGAACGUCUUGGGAAUCUUUGCCAAAUUAUUAUCUGUUUAAUAUUUAUAUUAGCUGAUUUAUUGAUAAUGUACAUUUUUUACU